UCUGUGCGCUUGUGUAAAAUAAAAAUUAACACGAUAACGUACGAAACUCGACAUUUCUUAUCGACUAGCGAGGAAUUCCCACUAACAACUGUUUUCGUUUGAUCGUUCGAACGAUUAGAAGCAGCUUGAGAAGCGUGCGUAUCAAUUGAAUCGUUUGACCCGUUUUUAUUGGCAAGUCGCAGGAACGUGCGUCGGGCGUCGACGGGACGGUUGCCAGUAAAGCUCUCACUCGUCCGCUAUCGAGUGUGUGUGUAUCUCUCGAGUAGGAGUCUCGGACGAGUCUUCGAAAAAUGUGUCUGCCACGUUGAAAUAUUUUCUAGUAAUUAUCAUUAUCGAAAGACACAAAUUCUUGUCCAUAACUUAAUCAUAAAUUUUUGUCGACGAUCAAACUCGACGGACCAUCGUGGAACCAUCUCAUUUUUUUUUUUUCCAUUUCAAUCGUUCGCGAAGGGUGACUUUUUAUUAAUUCUCAUAUGUAUAUAUAUAUCGUUCGACACGAGCGAACGACCUCUUCUCUCUCCAUCGUGUCGUCUUCCGUGAAACUUAUAAUCUCCUUGAUCUUUGGAUAUGGUCAGGGAAAUACCAGAGGAGGAUAAGAUCUCUACUAUUACCGGUAAUGUCAACGUCGAUGAACCCGCCGACUAUGAAAGAGCUAUAUCGUUUACUGGCUAUGGGCUGUUCAACGUAUUACUCUUCAUGGCAGCAUUGCCAAUCGCAUGGACCGGUGCCUUUGACACGACAUCACCGGCAUUUCUUUUAGCAUCAGCCGAAUGCGACUUGCAACUUACGUUUUUUCGGAAAGGAGUACUCAUAGCGAUUCCCUUCAUAGCAAUGCUGGCCACUGCCUCGUUGUGGGAUUACGUGACGAUUUACGUAGGCAGAAGGACCUUGUUCGUUCUUGGCUUACUAGCGGAUUCCAUCCUAAAUAUACUAAGCACCGCUGUAGAUUCGUACCAUGUGUUCUUACUCAUCAAAUUUAUCAGCGGCGUCAUAGUCGGCGGUCCACUCUCGAUGGUGAUGGGAUACUUAACAGAAUUUCAUUCUGCAACGUAUAAAGCACGUUUCGCCGCCUGGUCUGGUUUUCUCUUUUCCAUGGCAACUAUCGUACCAGCAGCUUUGGGUUUUACUAUACUACCCUUAGACUGGGAGGUCGAUGUAUUCGGUAAAAGUUAUAACAGCUGGCGAAUUUACUUAUUGCUUUGUUCGAUACCACCUGUUCUCGGACUUGUCACUGCUAGCAUGUUACCUGAAAGUCCAAAACACCUGAUGGAAAUUGGAAGGCAGGACGACGCAUUAAAACUAUUUCGUAGAAUGUACACCAUGAACACAAGAAAGCCGGCCGAUACAUUCUCGAUAAAAGCGUUGGUCGUCCAGAAGGCGCAAUUACCACGGCCGACGUUAAAGGCGAGCCUCGAAAAAAUGCGAAUCGACCUUUACAACACGAAACUCUUGUUCUCGGCGCCUUAUCUGCCGGCCUUCUCCUUCUUAACUUUUCUACAAUUUGGAAGUAUGCUAGGUUUUAAUACUAUGAGAUUGUGGGUCCCACAUAUGUUCAUGAUUUUAAGCAACUAUGAUUACGAGCAUUGGAAACCUGUCGGAAGAGCUCCAACGAUGUGUGAAAUGUUGGAUCGUCAUGCCGCUAAACCAGGCAGACCAUAUUUAAAUUGUACAAACUUUGACGAUGCAUGCUUCGAGUGGAGUAUCAAUCCUGUCGUUUAUCAAAAUUCAACGAUAAUUGCAUCCUCCGCCGUUCUCUUUAGUUUUCUUAUAGGAUUUAUAAUGACGACGAGAUUACGAAAGAAAAUGAUAUUAUUUGCGGCCUUCCUGAUAUCGCUGGCAAGCAGUUUUGGAAUAAAUUGGGCACAGGCACCUCCCUAUAUGCUGACGUUAGCAGCCGCCGUUAUCGUGACAUCAAGAAUAGCGAGUAAUGUCGUUAACGCGGUGAAUGCCGACAUUAUUCCUAUCCCGUUAAGGGCCACCAGCAUGAGUAUCAUCACGUCCUCCGGAAACUUAGGAGUUGCAUUGGGGAAUGUUAUUUUCUCUGCUCUUCUUGAUUUGGAAUGUCUCGCAGCUUUCCUCGGUCUGGGCUGCUUUUUUAUAAUUUGUCUACUCGUAACGUUCCUAUUUCCAAAACCGGUAAGGGCAUCGCCACAGAAUUUAGCGUAGCACGAGAUCGUACGAAAGAUUAGACGAAAAAGAUUUAUACCUAUGUUGUGUUUUUGGAAAACGAGAUACAUACAUAUCCACAUAUAUUAUAUAUGCAUGUAUGUACAUAUAUAUAUAUAUAUACAUAUAUAUACACAUAUAUAUAUAUAUAUGUAUACAUAUAUGUACACAUAUUUUUUUAUCGCGUUUUGAUACACGGACAGAGUGAAAGAGAGAAAGAAAGAGAGAGAGAGAGAGAGAGAAAGAGAGAAAGAGAAAAAGAUAGAAUGAGUGGCGUGUAUUGGGCUGUGAAAUAUUUUUCGUCGGAUGUACCUGACAAACGUUACGCUUUUGUCGAUUUCCUAAUAAAAAUCUAACAAAAGAAUUGCACUUUUAUCCCGAGUCAUAUAAAACACUUGGAUAACUUUAUUACGACAGUGUAAAAAAACAAAUACGAGAAGAAAAGUGACAGACAAACGCAGAGGCAAACCUAAAAAGAUGGAGAGAAAGAA